UCGCUGGGGCGUCUGCGCGGAUAAACGGAAGUGUUGGUGACGGUCUGAGAUAUCACCGCCAAGCUGGGAACCGGGGAGAUGGCCGAGACUGACCCCAAGACCGUGCAGGAUCUCACCUCGGUGGUGCAGACACUCCUGCAACAGAUGCAAGAUAAAUUUCAGACCAUGUCCGACCAGAUCAUUGGAAGAAUUGAUGACAUGAGUAGUCGCAUUGAUGACCUGGAGAAAAACAUUGCAGACCUCAUGACACAGGCUGGCGUGGAAGAACUGGAAGGUGAAAACAAGAUACCUGCUACACAAAAGAGUUGAAGGUUGCUAAUUAACACUGGAAUCUGGAACAUUUUUACAAGCCAAGAGAAGACCAAAUGGCUUUUUGCAACUAAUGACUAUGUGUAGACAGGUUUUAUGUUGUAAAGCGUGCAUUCUUCGUAUCACAUACUAUAUAGUUAGGUGACAGAGUGAUCUCCCCCGCAACCCCCCAGUUUCUUGAACAUGGUAACUUCACAUCUCCAAUCUUGGUCAGUUGUGCUAUUAAAUAUUAAACACUAAAACUUUGGCAGUUCCUGCAUAAAAUUGUCAAAUUUUUUAGUGUAUUUUUGUGAAGUCGUUUUUUUCCUAUCAUCGCUUUUGUAGUAGUUGCUGUUUGAUAAAAGUUGCUGUGUAAUUUUUUUCUAUUAGACAUAGUAGGUUAUUCCUUUAUAAUUAGACUUUGUAAAGUAAGACAUUUAUAGAGUUUAGGGUUCCUUAAUUCUCAACAGAGUGACUGAUGAGCCAACACCAAAUACUGUGUUGGUGAUACUUUUCAAAUGGUUCAAACCAUUUAAAAAUUGUUUAUUCAGAAAUACCUGGUACUACUCUGUUGCCAAAACUCAGACUUGAACUGUGAUCUUGUCUAAGUCUUUGAGGUCAGAUGCUAAACUAAUGAAUAGUAACCACUGCCACUUUAGUGUGAGAAUUUUUACAUGUAGAAAACGACAGAAUUGCCUAAUGUAAGGAGGCACGCGAUAGUUAAGAAUUUUGCAUGAGAUUUGAAUACUUCUGUAGGACCCUGUGUUGUUCAUCUACAAGUUACCGUAAAAAAUCUGGCAGGAUUUUAAAACUCAGCUAUUCCAUCUUUUAUUUGAGUUACUGAUUGGAAAAAGGAACAGAGAAGGAAAAGAGACCAUAUUAAGUCCAUGCCAGUUGCUUCACUAGAAAAUAAUAAAAGAUACAGUAGGCUCAAGUUUUUAAGAAAUACUGCUUCUUUACACUAUUUCUAACUGAAUUCCUGUUGAGUAAUGGUUUUAUUACUCAUUAUAGAAGACAGAGAUAACUCUUGCCACCCAAAAAUGUAGUGUCGGGAAUGCUAAUCCUAGAGGCCAGUAUUGACUGAAGGAGAUCCGUGAUUGUCACAGCAAAGUGAUUUUGUAUAGAAAAAAAGUGAAAAGGUUGAGGGAUGGUAUAGUGCCUCAAAGGAAAACCCUUGAUGAACACAAUAUGAUUUUUUUUAAGUUUUCUCUAUCACCAGUCUUGGUUGAUUGUAUUGCAAAUAUAUAAUAAUAUUAAGAAAUAAUUUUUCCUAUUUAUAAAUUAUAUAGAGAACACAAAGGAGUAAGUUUCUUCUGUGAUAAAAUGAAUUAACCCCUGUUAAUUACCCAGCUGCAGAAACUCCUUUGAUGGGCCAGUAGGUUGUUUCGCAAGGUUUAGCCCUGAAAGCCUGAGCUUGCUGCACUCCAGCCAACCAGAUGGAACCUGUGUGCGGUGUUUUCAAGCCAAGUAGAUGGCAGCUGGAAAUGGUGUGGUGGGAAGGUUAGUCAGGUCUUAGGUAGGAGUUGGCUUCCUUGAGUAAUGGAAAGAUUUCUGAGGCAAGCUCCCCUGGCCAAAAGUGUCUGCCCUGAAUAAAGGUGCCUGAAAUCCUG